AUGUUGGAUUGGUUUCGAAAAAAAGAUUCGAAUGAAAACAAAAAAGUAAAAUCUGAAUAUGAUGAAUAUGUCACACCUCCUCCUUUUGGAAAUUACUUAGUAUCGGAACCAAAAAAACCUAAGUCAUUAAAAAAUGAUAAAACAAAAAUAACAGAAUUUAAGGGAUUUACUCCCCCACCAAAAUUUGAAUUUAAAGAAGAUAAUUCAGAUUAUACAUAUGACGAAGAUUUUUCCAAAUAUACUAGUAAUAAUUUAAUCGAUUCAUCUUUUUAUGAUGAUAAAAAAAAAUUCUCAGAUGUUAAUUUAAGUCAUAGAACAAGAGCAUGUUUUGAAAGUAUAAAAAUGGGUGUAAAAAUGGGAACAAUGGUUGGUGGAAUUUUUGGAAGUUUAACAGGUAUAUAUGCUUCUUUUGCCCAUAAAAAUCUUUUCAUAUUUCCUGUUUCAGUAUUAGGAGGAGCAGUCAGUUUUGGAUUUUUUUUAGGAUGCGGUAUGAUAGUUCGUUGUUAA